CUCAACUCCCUUCUUCAUUCUCUUCUCCGAUUAUCAAAAAAAUAAAGUAAAAUUCAGAGACACCAAUUCACACAGACUCUCUCUCUCUCUCUCUCUCUCUCUCUCUCUCCAAUUCUCCAUUGUUUCUCUUUCUAUACCUAUCUACAGCUUGAAUCAUAGAUUCGAAUUUUCGAGUGAUUGACGAAUAUGAGCAAUUCAAUAGGGCAUAACUUGGUUCACCAGAGUUUGCUUGGCCCGACGGUUCUGGAGCAUCAAAGUAAGAUCAAUUCUUCUUGCCUUUCCGGCAACACUUUAUUUCAUGCUCAAGCAACUUCACAAGUACGAAAGUUGCCUUUAAGUACCGAAUUCCGAGGAAGGAGUCUGGAUGUGCGAAAACAGAAGUUGCUGAUGGGAACGCCUCGACCGAAUUCUCUUUUUCCUCGGGCUGUAUUAACCACCGGUACUGCGUCCACGCAACUUGCGGGAAAGUUCAAGCUUGAUGGGAAUGCUGAAUUGCAGGUGGAUGUUAGUGCUCCUGUUCAAGGUUCCACAUUGCAAAUAGAUAUGCUGGUUACAAAUAGUAGUGGUACCUUACUUCUACACUGGGGUGGCAUACAAAAUAGAAAAGAGAAGUGGGUACUUCCCACACGCCAUCCUGCAGGAACUAGAGUAUAUAAGAAUAAAGCUCUUAGAACUCCUUUUGUGAGAUCUGGUUCCAAUUCCAUCCUGAAAAUAGAGAUUGAUGAUCCUAUAAUACAAGCUAUAGAGUUUCUUAUAGUUGAUGAAGAACAGAAUAAAUGGUUUAAAAACAAUGGUGAGAACUUUCAUCUUAAGUUGCCAGUGAAAGACAAGUUGAUUCCAAAGAUAUCUGUUCCUGAAGAUCUUGUACAAAUUCAAGCAUACUUAAGGUGGGAGAGGAAGGGUAAACAGACAUACACUCCUGAACAGGAAAAGGAGGAAUUUGAAGCAGCUCGAUUUGAGCUAUUGGAGGAAAUAGCAAGGGGCACUUCUGUACAGGACCUUCGAGCAAGGUUAACAAGCAAAAAUGAUACAAGUGAAAGUAAGGAGCAGCAACCUUCUGAAACAAAGAAGCAACUUUCUGAAACAAAGGGCCAAGUACCUGAUAAUCUUGUUCAACUACAAGCUUUUAUACGAUGGGAGAAAGCAGGAAAACCUAACUUUUCCGCAGAUGAGCAACUUAAAGAAUUUGAAGAAGCAAGAAAAGAGUUGCAAAUGGAACUAGAUAAGGGUACUUCUCUCGAUGAAAUAGGGAAUAAGAUUACAAAAGGAGAGAUACAAACUAAGGUUUCUAAGAAACUAGAAACAAAGAAGUAUUUUACGGUUCAAAGGAUUCAGCGCAAGAAGAGAGAUUUAAUGCAUCUUCUAAACAAGUACUCGGCUGGAUCUGUGGAGGAAAAGAUCUCAGUCAAACCACGAGCCUUGUCCACAAUUGAGCGCUUUGCUAUGAAAAUGGAAGAAAAAGGUGGUGUUCCUAUUAUGAACAAGAAAAUAUUCAGGCUUGCUGAUAAGGAACUUCUGGUACUUGUAAUGAAGCCUGCUGGUAAGACAAAGGUUCAUUUGGCUACAGAUCUCACGGAACCAGUUACCCUUCACUGGGCUUUAUCGAAAAAACCUGGAGAAUGGCUGGCACCACCUCCAAGUUUAUUGCCCCCUGGUUCAACUUCCCUAGACAAAGCCAUUCAAACAAAAUUUAUAAGCAGCUCUGAUAAUCCAAUUGACAAGGUUCAAUCCUUAGAAAUAGAAAUUAAAGAUGACAGUUAUGUGGGUAUGCCAUUUGUCCUUGUGUCUGGUGGGAAGUGGAUAAAGAAUGAUGGUUCAGACUUCUAUGUUAAAUUUGAUACUGGAUACAAGCAGGUGCAAAAGGAUGCUGGUGAUGGCCAAGGUACUGCAAAGACUUUGUUGGAUAAAAUAGCCAAAAUGGAAAGCGAGGCACAAAAGUCCUUUAUGCAUCGAUUUAAUAUCGCAGCGGACUUGGUAGAUGAAGCCAAAUAUGCUGGUGAACUGGGCUUUGCAGGAAUUCUUGUGUGGCUGAGGUUUAUGGCUACAAGGCAGCUCAUAUGGAAUAAAAACUACAACGUAAAGCCACGUGAAAUAAGUAGAGCUCAGGAUAGGCUUACAGACUUGCUCCAGGAUGUUUAUAAAACUCAUGCACAGUAUCGGGAACUUUUGAGAAUGAUUCUGUCUACUGUUGGCCGUGGAGGUGAGGGGGAUGUGGGGCAGCGAAUCCGAGAUGAAAUCCUGGUUAUUCAGAGAAAAAAUGAGUGCAAAGGUGGAAUGAUGGAGGAAUGGCAUCAAAAGCUGCAUAAUAACACUAGCCCUGAUGAUGUAGUGAUCUGUCAGGCACUCAUUGAUUAUAUCAAAAGCGAUUUUGACAUCAGUGUUUAUUGGAAAACCCUGAAUGAGAAUGGAAUAACAAAAGAACGCCUUCUAAGUUAUGAUCGUGCUAUCCAUUCUGAACCAAAUUUCAGGAGAGAUCAGAAGGAUGGUCUUUUGCGUGAUCUAGGAAGUUACAUGAGAACAUUGAAGGCAGUUCAUUCUGGUGCAGAUUUGGAGUCAGCUAUUUCUAAUUGCAUGGGCUACAGGUCUGAGGGACAAGGUUUCAUGGUUGGGGUGCAGAUAAAUCCUAUAUCAGGGUUGCCAUCUGGAUUUCCGGAAUUGCUUCAAUUUGUUCGAGAACACGUGGAAGAUAAAAAUGUGGAAGCCCUUCUCGAGGGAUUGUUAGAGGCCCGUGAAGAGCUUAGGCCUUUGCUUUUAAAAUCAAAUGAUCGUCUUAAGGAUCUUUUAUUUUUGGACAUUGCCCUUGAUUCUACUGUCAGGACAGCCGUUGAAAGGGGGUAUGAGGAGUUAAAUAAUGCUAAACCAGAGAAAGUUAUGUUCUUCAUCACUCUUCUUCUUGAAAACCUUGCACUUUCUUCGGAUGAUAAUGAAGAUCUCAUCUAUUGCUUAAAGGGAUGGAAUCAAGCUCUGAGCAUGAUAAAGAAUGGAGAUAGUCACUGGGCUUUGUAUGCAAAAUCAGUCCUUGACCGAACCCGGCUUGCACUUACAAGCAAGGCGGAGUGGUACCAGCAUCUGUUGCAACCGUCUGCUGAAUAUCUCGGAUCACGGCUCGGAGUGGAUCAGUGGGCUGUGAAUAUAUUCACGGAAGAAAUUAUUCGUGCUGGAUCAGCUGCUUCGCUAUCCUCACUCAUUAAUCGACUCGAUCCUAUUCUUCGUGAAACUGCUAAUUUGGGAAGUUGGCAGGUUAUCAGCCCUGUUGAAGCUAUUGGGUAUGUUGUUGUUGUGGAUGAGUUGCUUACUGUUCAGAAUAAAUCUUAUGGAAGGCCAACAAUUUUGGUGGCAAAAUCUGUGAAAGGAGAGGAAGAUAUUCCUGAUGGUGCAGUUGCUGUGCUGACACCUGACAUGCCAGAUGUCCUAUCUCAUGUUUCUGUGCGAGCAAGAAAUAGCAAGGUGUGCUUUGCUACGUGUUUUGAUCCCAAUAUUUUGGCUGAUCUCCAAGCAAAUGAAGGGAAGUUGUUGCAAAUAAAACCUACAUCUGUAGAUAUAGUUUAUAGCAAGGUGGAGGGUGGCUUAACAAGUGCAAGUUCAACAAACUUGAACGAAGAAGGCCCUUUGCCCUCUAUAAAAUUGGUCAGAAAGCAGUUUGGUGGCAGAUAUGCCAUAUCAUCUGAGGAGUUCACUAGUGAAGUGGUUGGAGCUAAAGCACGUAAUAUUGGAUAUCUAAAAGGAAAAGUGCCUUCUUGGGUUGGGAUUCCUACCUCGGUUGCCCUACCAUUUGGAGUUUUUGAGAAAGUUCUUUCAGACGGUUUAAAUCAGAAAGUUGCAGAGAAGUUACAACUACUGAAGAAAAAGUUAGGAGAAGGAGAUGUCAGUGCCCUCAAGGAGUUGCGCAAGACAGUUUUAGAGCUUUCUGCACCAUCCCAGUUGGUGCAAGAGCUGAAAGACAAGAUGAAAAGUUCUGGCAUGCCUUGGCCUGGUGAUGAAGGUCAGCAGAGAUGGGAACAAGCAUGGACAGCUAUAAAAAAAGUUUGGGCUUCAAAGUGGAAUGAGAGAGCAUACUUCAGCACAAGAAAAGUGAAACUAGAUCACGACUAUCUUUGCAUGGCUGUCCUGGUUCAGGAAAUAAUAAAUGCUGAUUAUGCAUUUGUCAUCCACACUACUAAUCCAUCUUCAGGAGACUCCUCGGAGAUAUAUGCUGAGGUGGUGAAGGGUCUUGGGGAAACAUUGGUCGGAGCUUAUCCAGGUCGUGCUUUGAGUUUUGUAUGCAAGAAGAAUAAUCUAAACUCUCCUCAGGUAUUAGGUUACCCGAGCAAACCUAUUGGCCUAUUUAUAAGACGAUCUAUCAUCUUCCGAUCUGAUUCCAACGGGGAAGAUCUAGAAGGUUAUGCUGGCGCAGGACUUUACGACAGUGUACCAAUGGAUGAGGAAGAAAAAAUUGUGCUUGAUUAUUCAUCGGACCCAUUGAUUAUUGAUGCGAACUUUCGUCAAUCAAUCCUCUCCAGCAUUGCUCGUGCUGGAAAUGCCAUUGAGGAGCUGUAUGGAUCUCCUCAAGACAUCGAAGGUGUUGUCAAGGACAGGAAAAUAUACGUUGUUCAGACGAGACCCCAGAUGUAAUCCUGAUUCUUUCCCUUCUAGUAUAUUUCACAAGAGAAGACUUAGUCAAGAAUCCAAAUGGGAUCCUGAUGCUAUAUUAUUUAUAUAGUAUUUUAAUGAGGAAAAAGUUAUCCAAAUAACAUAUUUAUGAAAAAUAAAAUGAGAAUAAAAAAAAAAUAUAUAUAUAUAUAUAUAUACAUAGUAGAGAGAGUUUAACACUUGAAUAUAGCUACAUGAAAGGUGAACUUCAUAUCCUGGUGUAUUUUAUGAGUAUUGAAUUGUUGUACUAUUGUAUGGAUUAUUAAGGCCUGAGAUUAUUUUCCUUGUUGAUUCAAUGUUUAAGGGGAAGGGAAAUUCUAUGUUAA